ACAGCUGUCAGUGUGAAGUAAACAUGGCGUUUAAGUUUAUUUUGCAGUGCGACAUUUAAUUUAAUUAUUUUAUACAAUAUUUUUAAUUAAACUUCGAAUAUUACACCAAAAGAACUAUUAUAAAUGACGUCUGGAAAGGAAACGAUGGGGGAGCAACCCAUCUUCACCUGUAAGGCUCACGUAUUCCACAUUGAUCCGAAGACUAAGCGCUCAUGGAUGCCGGCGUCAAGUACAGCAGUUAACGUAUCAUUUUUUUAUGAUUCUUCUCGUAGUUUAUAUCGUAUUAUAAGUGUAGAAGGUUCUAAGGCCGUAAUCAACAGUACUGUCACCCCAAACAUGACAUUUACGAAGACUUCUCAAAAAUUCGGCCAAUGGUCAGAUGUACGUGCAAAUACUGUGUACGGUCUUGGAUUUUCUUCCGAAUCUGAACUGCAAAAGUUUAUUGAUAAGUUUAAUGAAGUGAAAGAGGCGACCAGAACUGCAAUUAGCAAAGUUACUGCGAAUGGCGCUGCUACACCUGUUACAAGUGCCAAUGCUAGUCCGAUCACUGCUAGGGCAACUAAUGCUGCACCGGAUUCGACAACUGAAAACUUGCUGGAACCGCCAGGUAUGAUGAAUACAAGUAAGACAGACGAAGAGAAUAUGCUUCAUUUGAGAAGUCACUCUUUAUCUGGUGUCCCGGGUGGCGAAAGUCCUAGUCACCAGGCUAAAGGCGACAAGGCACCAUAUGGGCAAACAGUUGGCGGUGGCACGACAGCAAUCGCUUCAGCUCAGCUCGAUCCUGCACAGCUCAAAUAUGAAAAUGAUAGGCUCAAAUUGGCUCUUGCACAAAGUUCUGCUAAUGCCAAAAAGUGGGAAAUCGAACUGGCCACGUUAAAAAGCAAUAAUGCACGACUGACCAGUGCACUGCAGGAGAGCACGGCGAAUGUGGACGAGUGGAAACGGCAGCUACACAGCUACAAAGAAGAAAACAUGAGGAUGAAAGCGAAAUAUCAAUCAGAUUUAGAAAACAGUAAAGGCGGUGGAGACAUAGCGGAUGAACUUCGGAAAGAAAUUCAAAAUCUUCGACACCGUGUGGAAAUGCUGGAAUCGGAAAUCGAUACGAAAAAUAAAGAAAUUCAACAGCUUUCGACAUCGCACAAACUCUCCGACGUCACGCAGAGUCUCCAGCGAGAAAAUCAGGAACUUCAGGCGACCGCGAAGUACGCCCAAUCCGAAUUAGAGGUAGCUUUAAGCGCGCACGAAUCUCAGAAGCAGGUCUUGUUAACUUUAAAUCAACAAAUCGCCGCGAGGGUUCAGGAAUUAGCUACUAUCCACGACGAGAUUAACACAGCUCUACAAACGUGAGAACCCUUCGUAACCGUAUGGUGUUUUAUCAAAGAUACGCACCUAUAUUUUUUAUAUCUGUAGGUGUAAACCGCUAAAAAGUGAUUGUUAAACAAAAAAAAGGGUUAAUCGGUGGGUUAUUGUUCAUACUAUAAACCGUGAUGCAUUUGUGUUGAAUUUGUGCACAAAGAAAGUUAUAUUUUAUUACCAGUGCACAAACAAAAGUAUUAUUCUCUGUAGUUAAAAAUUGUAGAUUUAUAAGAGGGCACAAAUUCUUCCGUUGAAUUUCUUUUAAAAUUUACAGUAUUUACACCUAUCUAAUGUGUUGUUAUUUAUAGUUGAAUUUUUUAAUGUUUAUGUGACCAAAGCCAAAGUGAAAGUAUGUCAAAAAUGUACCUCUGAGUAUUACACGAGUAAUUUAUUUUUUGACUUUUUUUUAAUUGUAACAUUUUUACAGUAAGAGAUGUAUUAACUUUUUACAGCCUGCCUUAACUGUAGACCGCGGUUUUGUUGUGCAGACGACUAAUUCUCAACAUUCAAAUAAUUUAUGUUCCUUCCGUACGGAAAGGAUUGGUUGUGAAGAAAAUGUUUCCGGUUAGAUUGUUUGUUUUCAGAUAUUAAUAAAUGACAGACAAUAAUCUCGUACUGUAUAUAUGAAAUAUACAUACUUCAACAGCAUGCCAAGAUUUUGAUGUGGUUUUCUGUUUCGCAUUCCUCUAUUGCAAUGUUUAAAUAUGUCUAACAAUGUUCAAUGGAUAAAUUUACAUUGUCUGGUUGUGCGAAUUAUUUAACUUUUUAUUCAUGUUCAACUUUGACUUCCAUGUUUCAGUGUUUGCAUUUUCUUUCAAAUGAGCAUUUUUAACUAAGUUUCGGAUAAAUAACUAAGAGUAAAAGUUAUUUAUUUUAUCGUUUAAGCUAAGAGCUGCAAUAACUGUUGGUACACCAUUAUUUGAUAAUGUGCCUGCUUAUUUGGUUUUUAAUACGGACAUAUUUGAAUGUUGGUUCUAAAUCUGAUAGAUUUGAAAAUAUGGUAGAGCAAAUGUAAUCUUUUGCAUUGUGUACUGAAAAAUUGGAAAUUUUUCCUGUUAUGUAACAUUUACAUAACAUAACAAUUUCCACACUAGCGUUUUUUCAUUGUUUUUUUUUAGUGAAGGUAAAUGACCGGCAAUUUUUAAAAGUGAUAACGAUAAGUGACCACCCAGAAUUUAAGUCAUUUUUGCGGUCACUUCUAAAUCUUGAUCCAAUGGGUUUUAUAUGCUGUAUUUACUUUUACCUAUCAAAACGACACCAAAUACAUGACCAUUCAAUAAAUGUUUUGCCAUUUAAAUCAGACUUGUAAAAUUAUUAAGAAAACACAAAGUCAGCGUGCAAAAUACACUUCACUCUGAUUUUUAUUUUUUAUUCACAUAUUCAAAAUAAUACCCUUAAUACUUAAAAGUUAAAACAAAACUUAAACACUGAUAGACCGCCAACAUCAGACAUUCUUGGUGCAUGACUCACAUAUUGAAAGCCACAAAAUGUACAAGUAGUAUAUUUUUGUUUUUUGAAUAGUUUUUUUGUAUUAUUUCCAGACCAAUUGGGUCUGUUUUUACCAUUUUUUACGGAAGAGCUUGGAAACACUUUGUUUUACUGUUUACUGUUUGAAAGUUAACAUUUUGAGGUUAGGAAAAUAUUGUUGGUGAAAAAGCUGGGGACUUUUAAAAACGACCAAAUUAUUUUUAAGCACUUGUGGUCAUUUUAGAAUUAUUAUUAUAGAAUCAUACAUAUUAAGCGUUUAUUUGGCGGAAAAAGCAAUGAUUGAGUUAUAAUGUUAUUCAAAAUAACACUGUUGUUGUUUUUUGAAUA